AUGUCUGCAGUUCACCGUCAAUGCUGGAAAUUUGCUGUGGAUAAAAAGAAAUUAAUUUACUGUGGUGGCUUCAUCAUAGUCCUGGUUGUCAUUGUCGUUGUAACUGUUUUUCUCACAAAACAUUUUGGACCAAGCUGUGCGUUCAGCUCCCCUUGUCCCCCUUUAUGGAUUAUGUUUGAAGGGAAGUGCUAUUACUUUUCCAAAGAAGGGAAAAACUGGACUUCCAGCCAGACUUUCUGUUCAUCGUAUGGUGCUUCCCUGGCUAGGAUUACAACAAAUGAGAAGGACUUUAUCAUGUGGCUAAAAGGCAAGACUCCCUACUGGAUUGGACUCGGGAGAGACAGAGACCAGUCUUGGAAAUGGAUAAAUGGAGAAAAUGCAACACUGGAAGUCAUCGGGAACGGUGGCGACUGUGCUUAUCUGGUGGAUGACUUCAAAGCCAGCUCAUCCAGGUGUAACACAGAACACUCCUGGAUCUGCCAGAGACCUGUUGAAGCUGCAGGUCCAGCUAUUGAGCGGAAAGCAGAUGGGGUACAGCUCAGUAGACAGCAUGAUCCUGUGGAUGGCAUCAGAACUCACUGA